UCCCAUGAUGCAUCGCUCCUCCAACGGCUUCAGUCAAUUCAAGUAGAAGCGCACCGCCGGUGUGUGUGUGUGUGUGUAAGUGUGUGUGAGUGUGUGUGAGAGAGUUUUAGGGUGAACGCGAACGUUAUUGAGGUGUUUUUUCCGGGUCGAACCGGACCGCCUCAGGUGGGAAAAGGCGGGUUCGCAGAGAGCCGCGUUCUGGCCCUCAUGUUCCGGGAUGUUUUCCGGCCUGUAACGGGAAGCAGAAGGUUUCGGCGCCAGAAUCGCAGCUUGACUGGAGACGGAGACGCAGCGGAACCACGGACACGAACCCGAGCUGGAAAAUCAGACGGAAAUACAAAAAUAUCGCGUUGAAUGGAUUUGGAUUGUGCGCGAACCGAGUCAGGAGCGAUGGGGGAAUCGAUUCAGCCGCCACCGAGUCGCCAUGAGAAAAGCCUCGGAUUAUUGACCACGAAGUUUGUCACUUUGCUACAGGAAGCCAAGGAUGGAGUCCUGGACCUCAAAGCUGCUGCCGAUACGCUGGCCGUACGACAGAAGCGGAGGAUAUACGACAUCACCAACGUUCUCGAGGGCAUCGGACUGAUCGAGAAGAAAUCGAAGAACAGCAUCCAGUGGAAAGGUGUAGGUCCUGGCUGCAACACGCGUGAGAUCGCCGAUAAGCUGAUCGAUCUGAAGCUGGAGCUAGAAGAUCUGGACAGAAGAGAACAUGAGCUGGACCAGCAGAGGGUCUGGGUGCAGCAGAGCAUCAAAAACGUGACCGACGACUCGCAGAACAGUCCUCUGGCCUACGUGACGCAUCAAGACCUCUGCAACUGCUUCAAAGGUGACACUCUGCUGGCAAUCCGAGCGCCUUCAGGAACACAGCUGGAGGUGCCGAUACCGGAGUCUGUUGUAAACGGACAAAAGAAGUACCAGAUCCACUUAAAAAGUUCGUCAGGCCCCAUCGACGUUCUCCUGGUGAACAAAGACCCAGCCAGCGCCUCUCCUGUCGUGCUACCCGUCCCCCCUCCGGAAGACAUGCUCCAGAGUCUUCCGGCCUCCUCUGCUUCCGCUCCGUCUGCUCCCGUCUCCACACCUACCCCCAAAAUCGCAGGCGCCGGUACAACGAGUUCAGCUGUAAAACCCCAGAGGCUCACGAACACGCCUGCUGCACCCCCUACAGAAGCCCCCAACACUGCCCCAUCAGACAUACCGACCAAUCAGAAUCCAGCAGAGGACCGCCAGCAGCUCCAGUCCUCAGCCUCGUUGGACAGCAGCUCAUCGCUUCCUGAAUCGUCUUCGGCCGUCUUCGAACCCAUCAAAGCGGAUCCUUCGGAGUUGCUGGAUCUCCCCAAAGAACUUUCAGAAAUGUUUGAUCCUACUAAAGAAAUGAGUGCAGAUCUGCUGGAAGAGCUCAUGUCAUCAGAAGUUUUUUCUCCACUCCUCCGCCUCUCCCCACCUCCUGGUGACCACGACUACAUUUAUAACCUGGACGAGACCGAGGGCCUGUGUGACCUUUUCGACGUCCCCAUCAGCAACCUUUGACCUCCGCUCGCACCCGUGUGAUAAGAGUAACACACCUGUAUUUAACAACCGAAGGCCACCUUUUUAAAUUUUUUGUUUAGAAAGGUUCGGCCACGUUCAUGUGAAUAAGCUGAUUUUGUGUGUAUAUAAAGCUUUUUUUUUUCUUCGUUUGUAAUAUCUUUUUACCCAAAAAGCUGCGAUCUACUGAAAAGCGGGACACGGAAGAUUCCCUGCCUCGAAGCUUCACCGUUUUUUUUUUUAUUAUUAUUAUUUCAUUCAAACCCAAACUCAAGAAAACACAGUGCUUGGGGUAUUUUUUUAACCAGGAUGAAGGUGUUGUUUGUUUUUGUUACUUUUGAUCAAAUAUACAAUCAGAAUCACCAGCAGGAACACCAGCUCUAGUCCCUGACAUGUAGUUGUGUUUAUUUUUUUGAUUUAUUGGUUUGUAGAACUGGCUGUAACGUUUCUUAAUUAUCCAUCAUUUGCUUCUUAUCGCAUACACGCACACAGAAACAUCUCUAUCUUAGAAGCGUGUGAGCGCCUGACUGAGCACCACAGAGCAACCCUGAGGUGCACGGUAGAUCUUUAGGGGGGCAUCCAGACUUGAUGAGCACGGUCCGUUUUCUCUAUAUUACCCACAAUUCUUUUUACCUAUAGUCCAGGGAAAGUAUUACCUCGGUGGUUAAAGGCUUAAGCCCCAAUAUUGCCAAGCUGCCACUCUUGGGCCCUUGAGCAAGGCCCUUUACCCUCUGUGUUCUAGAGCUGUAUCAGGGCGGACCCUGUGCUCGGACCCCCGAUUCCUAACAUCUGGGACAUGCGAAGAACGAAUUUCACCGCGCUGUAAUUGAUAUACGAGAAGUAAAUAAAAGCCAGAAUCGUUAAACCGAUAUUGCGAUACAAACCCAUGUUCCAGUGGGUCUCGGGUGAAUUCAGAGCACCGCCAGUGUCUCAUCACUUCGUCUCACAUCCGCUUGGGUCACGUCUCCAUCAUGGGUUUUAGAUCCGUUUCAUUAUUUUAACAUUUUUGGGGGCUUUGUUUUAUCCCUAUUAUAUUCACCUUUGUAUAUUCAAUCAUUUUUAAUCCGUAACUAACCGCUGGCUUCAAUGUAUUUUUAUUUCAUUUUAUCUUUCCGCCGACUUGACAUCCAGCGCGUAACGUUCAUGCUGCCGACACGCAGAUGUCCCUCGUCCGAGACUUUGUGCUUAACCCUCAUUUUCUCCUUCUGUUAUGUCCAAUUCUAUACAUCUGUUCUCAUUUCCGUGUAUGUGUUUGUCUUUCACUCGUCAUAGGGAAAAAAAAAAGGUUUGUACUGUUUGUAUAUGAGCAUGACUUUGUAAAGAAGGAAAAUCAGCUCCCGUCUGCAUCUUCUUCACCUCUGAGCAGUUCAUGAUGGAACAUGUUUUUAAAAAGGAAAAGAAAAAAAAAAUACCGCUUUUAGCUGAAGGAUAUUUUUAUGGUUGUACACACCAUUAUUUUUGUACAGGCCAGUUAUACAGAUUAUGGUAUGCACACAGCAGACUUUUCUCCAAUGAUGAUGAUGAUGAUGAUGAUGAUGAUGAUGAUGGCAACAUCUCCAUAUUGGCACUUUAACGCAGUACGAUCAACCGGGUUUCAUUCAUCUACUUCUUUCUGCUGGACGGACGGAGAGCUUCAGGAAACUCUCCAACCGUCUCUCUUCCGUCUCGCCACCAUCCGCUGAGGUUCUUUGUAACGGAGUAGCCGGACACAUGGCUAUCUGUGGAAGAAAUAAAUGACUUUUUGUAA